AUGCUGCGCAAGUCGGGCACCCAGCGCCGGCAGCCGGCGUUAUGGCGGCGAUGCCGCAGCCUCCGGCAGAUCAAGCAGGUCCAUGCGCUCAUGGUUCUCCGGGGCUUCCUCUCGGACCCCUCGGCGCUCCGCGAGCUCAUCUUCGCCUCCUCCGUCGGCGUCAGGGGCGGCACCGCGCACGCCCGCCUCGUGUUCGACCGAAUCCCGCACCCCGACCGGUUCAUGUACAACACCCUCAUCCGCGGCGCCGCGCACAGCGAUGCGCCCCGGGACGCCGUCUCCAUCUACGCGCGCAUGGCCCGGCACAGCGCCGGCAGCGGCGGCGUGAUGGUGAGGCCGGACAAGCGCACCUUCCCGUUCGUGCUCCGCGCCUGCGCCGCCAUGGGCGCGGGCGAAACUGGGGCGCAGGUCCACGCGCACGUGGUCAAGGCCGGGUGCGAGUCGGACGCUUUCGUCAGGAACGCGCUCAUCGGCAUGCACGCUACCUGCGGGGACCUAGGUGCCGCGGCUGCGCUGUUCGACGGCGAAGCGCGCGCGGACGCCGUGGCGUGGUCGGCGAUGAUCUCUGGCUUCGCAAGGAGAGGGGACAUUGGUGCCGCCCGGGAGCUGUUCGACGAGAGUCCUGUGAAGGACCUCGUGUCUUGGAAUGUGAUGAUCACGGCAUAUGCGAAGCUGGGUGACAUGGCCCCGGCGAGGGAGCUCUUCGCCGGGGCUCCUGAUCGUGAUGUUGUGUCGUGGAACGCCAUGAUCUCUGGGUACGUGAGGUGCGGCUCGCACAAGCAAGCAAUGGAGCUCUUUGAGCAGAUGCAGACCAUGGGAGAAAAGCCAGAUACUGUCACGAUGCUCAGCUUAUUGUCUGCCUGUGCCGAUUCUGGUGACCUGGAUGCUGGCCGCAGACUGCACAGGUUUCUGUCAGGGAGGUUUUCUAGAAUUGGGCCUGCCGCUGUUCUUGGAAAUGCGCUGAUCGACAUGUAUGCAAAGUGUGGGAGCAUGACGAGUGCACUAGAGGUGUUCUGGUUGAUGCAAGAUAAGAAUGUCUCGACUUGGAACUCGAUCAUAGGAGGAUUAGCAUUGCAUGCCCAUGUCACAGAGUCCAUAGAUGUGUUCCAGAAGAUGCUGCAGGGGGAUGUCAAGCCAGACGAGAUUACCUUUGUUGCUGUCCUUGUUGCAUGCAGCCAUGGCGGAAUGGUUGACAAGGGACACGAGUACUUCAACUUGAUGCAAAAACGAUACAGGAUUGAGCCCAAUGUCAAACACUACGGUUGCAUGGUUGACAUGCUGAGUCGUGCAGGUCUGCUCAAAGAAGCGUUUGAAUUCAUCGGCACAAUGAAGAUCGAGCCUAAUCCUGUCAUAUGGAGGACCCUGCUUGGGGCUUGUAGGGUCCAUGGUGAGAUCGAACUGGCUGAGCAUGCGAAUCGGGAACUUCUAGAGGCAAGGAGUGAUGCAAGUGGGGAUUUUGUGCUUCUGUCGAACAUUUAUGCAUCAGCUGGAGAAUGGCUGGGGUCAGAGAAUAUGAGAAAGUUGAUGGACGACAGUGGUGUCAACAAGGAGGCAGGCCGUGCAGUUGUAGAUGGCAGUUCGAAGGAUCUAAUACAAUCUUCUAGACUGUUCUAA